AUGGUCUCAAACAAGCUUCCCGUUAAUGGUAUCACAAGUUUAAUUAAGUCAUUACCUCAUGGUUUUGAGGUAAAUAUUAUAGAUGAAUAUGUAUACCGCAAGUUCAGUGGGAGUAAAUACAUCCUUUUGGUCUUAUAUGUUGAUGACAUUCUACUUGCUAGUAACGAUAUAAGCUUGUUGCAUGAAACUAAGAAAUUUCUAUCGGACAAAUUCAAAAUGAAAGAUCAUGAUGAUGCCUCUUUUGUAUUAGGAAUCGAGAUACUAAGAGAUCGUUCUCAAGUGGGAGUGUUAGGUAGAUACUUGAGCAAUCUGGAUAUGGAUCAUUGGAUAGCUGUUAAACGCGUAAUGCGUUGUUUAAAGAGAACAAAAGAUUACAUGCUUAUUUAUCGGAGAUCAGAAAAUUUGGAGAUCAUUAGCGUGGCCAAAAGGUUUUUUCUGCCACGCUUCGAAAGCGUGGCCGUAGAGAGAAACAGUUACGUUGUAAAAUUAUGUAGUGGAAUUGACGAGAAUGCCGUGGGGGCUUGUUCUGAGCUCAUAUUUGCUCCUAUUGAUGAAAUGUUCCCAGAUGAUGCUCCAUUGUUGCCUUCCGGUUUCUGCAUUAUCCCGUUGGAUUCAAAACCAGAUUCAGUGACAGCAAGUCAAACCCUGGAUUUGACAUCUGGUUUUGAAGUUGGCCCAACAACAAAUGGUGCACGCGAUGCGGUAUCAUGUCAUAGUGCUCGGUCAGUGUUGACUAUUGCCUUCCAGUUUCCUUUUGACAGUAGUCUGCAGGAUAAUGUUGCUAUCAUGGCACGCCAGUACAUCCGUAGUGUGAUUUCCUCUGUGCAGAGGGUUGCCAUGGCGAUUUCUCCAUCUGGUAUAAACCCGGCAGUUGGCUCAAAACUCUCUUCUGGUUCUCCAGAGUCUCUUACACUAGCCAACUGGAUCUGCUGCAGUUAUAGUUAUUAUUUGGGGAUAGAGUUGCUGAGAUCUGAUUCUCUCAUUGGUGAGUCAAUGCUUAAACAUUUGUGGCAUCAUCAGGAUGCCAUUUUGUGCUGUUCUUUGAAGUCGGUGCCGGUGUUUAUCUUUGCAAACCAGGCUGGCCUUGACAUGUUGGAAACAACUUUGGUGGCUUUACAAGACAUCACAUGGGUAUUUAGAGGAAGUGCCUUGUAUUAACUCCAUCUUGUGAAGGCAGAGAAAGCUAGAAGAUACAUUCCAAAAGAAUUCAAAUAGGUUGAAGCUUUUGGGUAGGUCCAAUAUUGUAAUUUCCUCUCUUUAAAUGCA